AUGGCGGGGAUUAUCAAAAUUCAACCAUUUUUCGAUGAUUUUUCGGAUGUCGAAAGGCAACUUUUGAAAUCGAUUUUUGAAGAACGAGCUAUUUUGGAUCAAAAAGUUGGUUUUUUUAUGCACCGUGCAAAGUGAAAAAAAAUGCGAAAAAUCAAAAAAAAAACGUGCAAACAGACGCAUUUUUUUUCGCAGAAAUCGCAUUUUUUCGAGCAUUUUUUUCGCGUUUUCUGGUGUUUUUCGAGUCAAAAUGGACAGAAAUUGAAAGAAUUUGUCUGAAAUGGUGUUUUUAUUGAUACUGGGGGAAAAAUCAAUGGUGAAACAAGAAAAAAAACGAUUUUGAAAAUUUCAAAUUUUUUCGACCUUUUCGACAUUUUUUCGACAAACUCAUUUUUCUUGUUUCACCAUUGAUUUUUCCUCCAGUAUCACAUCAUUAUUCAAAACAUAUAUUCGACCAUUACUGGAAUAUGGAACAACAAUAACAUCUCCAGCAGAAAAAUGUGGUAUAGAAAGUAUCGAAAAGGUUCAAAAUUUAUUCUCAAGAAAAGUAUUUAUGCGUAAAUUUGGAUUCGAUUGUUAUCAGAAUAUGGGUAGGGUAAGUCCCGAGACGAGAAAUAUCAACCUCGAACUCCAAUCCCUAAAAAACCGCCGCGAAAUUUUUGACUUUAAAAUGUUCCAAAAAAUGGCAGCCGGAAAAGUUGAUCUAAAUUUUUACAGAUUCUUCCAAGUUAUUCAGAAAUCCAAAAGACACAAACCAAGGCUGUCCACCUCGAGAAACCAAAAAUCAAAGAUCCGAUCCAACGCAUUUUCCGGGAGAAUCACUAAGCAAAUCAACAAGCUCAACCUCGAUUUAUCAAAACUUCUACAAUGAUCCAUGAUCAAACACUAAUACCGCUCACCAUCUACCCUUUCCUUCUUCUUCAAAACACUGCCGAUGAUUAAUUUUCUCCCUCCACACCCCAAAUUGAAUGAAACACCCGGUUGUAUGAUGUCAUUAUUGCAAAAAACACCGAUUAUGGUAUGCUGAUCCAUCUAUUGCCAAGGGUGUGUUCACUACUCGGCUCCUCCACGAAGAGGAGAUGCCAUAAACCAACAGACAAAUCUCGGCCUUCUUCGUGGAGGCGUCGAGACCAUUGGGCAUUCCUAAAUGGUAAUGAUCAUGCGUGCUCUAAUCGCGUGAAAAUCUCCCUUUUUAAAAAUUCAAACCCAACUCAUUCUUAAUUUUUAUAUUCCAUGUUUUAUAUAUUCCUUUGUUUUUGCUGCGAACACCUUCAGUGUCGUCAUAAAUUAUUAUUAUUAUUAUUAAAAACACAAUUUCAGACAAAUUCUUUCAAUUUCUGUCCAUUUUGGCUCGAAAAACACCAGAAAACGCGAAAAAAAUGCUCGAAAAAAUGCGAUUUCUGCGAAAAAAAAUGCGUCUGUUUGCACGUUAUUUUUUUGAUUUUUCGCAUUUUUUUUUCACUUUGCACGAUGCAUAAUAACUUGAUUUUACCCUCCCUCAAAAUAAGUAAUAAAUAUUUUUCAGAAUCUUCAAUCUUCCAACAAUUCCACUGACAUUUCAAUAAAUGUGUCACAAUUCAAAGCAGAAGAAAUCAAGGUGAAAUUCAUGGAAAAUCAGUUGAUUAUUGAGGCAAAACACGAAGAAAGAUCGGAUAAAUUCGGGAAAAUUCAACGACAUUUUAUUCGAAAAUUCAAUCUUCCCAAAGAUAUUCGAGCUGAGAAUGUGAAAAGUGAAUUGAAUUCAGAGGGAAUUUUAUCGAUUAAAUUUGAAAAAUUGGAAGAAACUAUGGAGAAGCAGGUUCCGAUUGGUUUUGGAGAGAAAAAGUGA